AAAUAUUCUUCAGAUCUGCCUUUUCCUCCAUUAUGCUGGCUCUGAAAGUGUUUGCUUCAAUUGGAAAUCGCUCAACCCCAGUAGAAAUCAUUUCCAUCAAUCGCGGACGAAUCCAACGUAUACUUUUUGCAAAGGCAUGAAUACAAAAUGGUGAUAGAUUAGCGAUGUGCCUUCAUCUUCGGUAUUUCAAUUUUACUAUGACAGAAACGUCUUGACACAUUUUGAAGAAAAGAGCGUAUGUGAUAAAUUAUAAAUUUCUUGACGGUGCAGCCAUACAUACCGAAAGAUGGACAGCUCCGAAUACGAAAUGGUCAGAAACAUGACCCUUCUCUUCUUCUUCGAACGACUGAUGGACAAGGGCGGUCCGCGUACGUUGCACGACCUAAGUUGCCAGUUCGGGGCUAAAGGAUUCACGAAGGAGAUGCGUCAAAUAGCGGGAGGAUCGCAAAGUGGCCUUAAGAAAUUUCUGGCGCAGUAUCCGGCACUCUUCCUGAUCGACGGCGAGUACGUGUCCGUCAACACGUUUCAGCCGGUCGUGGAAGAGGAGAGCGGGAAUAAAUCUGGUAAACGCGACUACGCCCGCGAGGCCGUAGAAUACUUUACGAAUAAGCUAUUGCAAUACGGGGUGGGCACCGAAGUGCCUAUCAAGAGCCUCCUGGGUCAUCGGUCGCAAGCCUCGCCGGAAGUCAGGCAUAUAUCCGGUCAGCACUAUAAGGAAUUUCGUGAUUUUCUCUUGAGGUAUCCCGAUGCGUUCGUGAUCAGCGAGGAUAACGUGAUAUUGAAGCAAUACGAAGGCAUGAAGCCGGAGCCGUUUCAUGAACUGGAGCCAGAUAUUCCAAUAGAUCCGGACGUCACGGCGAAACUGUUGGACUUUUUCUGCGUGUGCAUCGAGCAGAAGGGCCCGAUUCUCAUAGAUCAGUUAUUCAGUAUGGUCGAUGAGCAGUUCACCCACGAGAGUUGGACGAGUAUAUUCAAGACGCCGCAAGAUCUGUCCACUUUUAUAAAAAUGUUCCCGGAUGCCUUCCACGUGCAAACCAAUCUGGUGACGUUGAUAGCCCGACCGAAAUCUUCCGUGAUGGAACCCGCGGCCGCGAAAACGAAGACCGCGAGCGGCAAUCAGCGCAAUCAGAGUAACAACGUGGCUCACACGAACAAUGUGGUGCCGAUCGUUCCACCGAGCAAGAUCCAACUCUCCCCGCCUUCGGAUCGAUUCGAAAACGUUUGUAACAACGCGACGUCACAAUCCAAUUCGCUGCAGAAUGCGUGCACAUUGCCCGCUGUUGAAAGCAAUAAUAAUUCACCGCCCGUGAGUUUGCAGCAGCAGUCUCUGAAGCAGAGAUUCAAUACAAUUGUUAUGAGGACUUUGGCGGAUAAUACGGAACGGGAUCGUAGUUUGCAAACCGCCCAGAUGGGCGACGCGUGGAAAUUGAAGGUGCUACAGCAGACCAGGGUGAUAGCGACUUCGCGGGAAAGCCUUCAAGUUGUAGAGGAUAUAAUAAAUCCUCGAAAGCCUCCCCCUGACGGCAAGGUGGUCGUCUCUUUCGAUUGCGAGGGCAUAAAUCUUGGCGUUAAAGGACAGCUGACUCUUGUACAAAUUGGUACGAUGAGCGGUCAAGCGUAUGUGUUCGAUUUGGUCACGUGCCCGAGUCUUAUUCAAGCUGGGGGUCUCCAAAAACUGCUGGAACAUCCUCAUGUUAUUAAGGUGAUUCACGAUUGUAGAAAUGACAGUGUCAAUCUGUAUAAUCAGUUUAAGAUUACGUUAACGAAUGUUUUUGAUACGCAGGCUGCGCACGCAGUGCUUCAGUUUCAAGAAACAGGGAAACCUGUGUACAAAGUUAAAAACGUUAAUCUGAACACUUUGUGCGAUCAUUAUGGUGCUCCGUGUAAUCCAUUGAAAGAACAAUUGAAAAAUAUUUAUCGUAAAGAUCAACGUUAUUGGUCUCGGCGACCCAUGACUCGCGACAUGCUAAUUUACGCGAGCAGCGAUGUUUUAAGCCUUGUACCUCAAGUUUAUAAUGCUAUGUCUAGACUUAUAAAGCCAGAAGUACAAGGUCUUUUUGCAGAGCUGUGCGAAGAACAGAUUCAAAUGCACAUAAGACCGUCGGAUGUAAAGGCACGUAAGAAGCAGCGAAAGGUCGAGACCGAAGUGGCGGAUCUGAAAAGGAGAAUGGAAGAAGCGACGAAUAAAAAUAUCGUAUUGAGUAAUCGCGAAAUUCGGCUUCUUCGCUACUUGGAUCUUACCGAAGACGAAAAGGAAAAGCUCAAAGGAAGUUACAAAGUUGCUAGAAAAUUGGAAAAGCUAGAGAAUAUGGGCCAGGAUAAGGCCGAUAGCAGCGAUGACGACGACGAGGAUAAAACGGAUGAUCAUGAGUAUCAGAGCUUGGAAAGCUACACAUCGGAAAAUUCUCAUUCUGGUGGCAUCUUAUCGCCACGGAACGCCGACACUCCAAGUUUAACUGAGUCGAUGCAAAUGAUGGACGAAAUACUCUCAGACGGUCGGAUGGACAAACUGGAGAAAAUUGAGAAACUGGAAGCCAUACUAUCAGCUGUUACUAGCUCCGCGACUGACCAGCUUUCCAUCAACAAUGCGGAUGUGUCGCCUAUCAAAUGCGUCUGCACGUGUCAAGACGAUAAGACCGAUAAUCCGCGGACGGAUCGCCAGGCCGCUGGAAUUAGUGUGGCUUGUCAAACGCUUAGCACAGGUGAUAUAGUGUUUACUAGAGUUUUUGUCAGCGAGGAGGAAAAAGAGAGAGUAAGAUUAUUGAAUUCGCCAAAAAAGUAGGUAUUACAGCUGCUGUGAAAGUAGUAGAAAAGUUGCCAUUUAUAGGUUUUUUUAUAAAACGGAACGAUUGCAUAAAAGAAUUUAAGUAGUUGAAAUUUAUCUAUUUUAUGUAAUAUAUAUAAAACAAGAUUCAUAGAGAGAGCAGAACUGGCGAAACUCGCAGAAUGUUUUCUGACGUGUCUGCUCCCUUAAAAAAGUGUCUUAAAUGGAUAGGCCUUGUUAUACAUGCCUUUCCAGAUCUGACGGUAUAAUGAUCAGAUUUUUGGAAAAAGGUUAUUAAUUUUUAAUAUGAGGAUAUUGUAUGUUUAUUAUGCAGCUUGAAGAUUAUCUUUCUUUUACGAAACGUUUAAGAAAGACCGAAUCGUUUCAGUGACAAAAAUAGUAGUAACAAGAUAUAAGCGCGAACAAGGUUUUAAUAGCCGCAGAUUUUGUGAUUUUUAACAUACUUUAACUUGCGGCUUUUUAUAUUUUUCUCGGGAUUAGACUGCUAAAAAUUGUUUUAAAAAUAUUGUCUCAAAAUAUGCAUACAUGUACAAAUAUCAACAGAAGAAUUAUACUGUUUAUAUAGGAGUAACGAUUGCUGACGCUUUUAAUAGCGUUGCGAAAUUAACAAAAUACAUAUCUGCUUGCGAAAUAUUUUUUAUGUGAAGUACUGCAUUAAAAUCGCUAAUUUUUAAGUCUUGUAUGGCCUAGUUUGCGUCAUUUAACUAAAGGGACGAAUUGUCGGCAGUAAUAGAGCAUAACAGCGACUGUCUUCACAAAUAAAUGCUUUUUCCCCACAGGAUUUAAGCCUUAUGCACGCGAAAUGAACUUAUGCAGACCUCUUCCUUACAUCGAUCAUAGAUAUAACUUAUUUUCGUAUAUAGCUAUACAAGUGCCAACUUAAUAUAGAAUAUAUACAAUAAACGGAUUAAUACAUUUUAUAUUUGUAUUUAAUUACGUGCUUGGUGAAUAAUUAUGCUCGCACUUCCAGUAAACGAUUAAUAUUCUCAUAGUAUUAAAUAAGAUAAACGCAUUAUUCGUGUCGCAUAGAUCUGCAUUUAUACUCUUCUAAUAACAUAUCAUUAAUAAGUAAACUGCCAGCGAGGAAAAUUUCAAGAGAUUCAAAUAAAUUAUUGUCAUCGUAAAUUAUCAGUGUUUUUAGUGCAAUACUUUACACAUGGACGUAUGAUAGAUAAUAUGUAUAUGUUUAAUAUCGAUCGCGUAAUCCCUUUUUAAUAUUAAAAGCAUAUUAUGAAGAUAUAUAGCCGAAAAACGAAUUAUAUAAGCGAAUCAUUAACACAUUCUCAUUUAUUAUCAAUGGAAAGGCUCAAUUAGCAUCAAAUUGUUCGACUAUCUCUAUAUACUGUAUAAAGUACACUAGAAGUUACACUGUACUAUACCUACGUUUCUUUGAUCUAAUCAAAACGCCGAUUACUAGCAAUAUUUUUUAUAAAAUUCUUAAGAAUGUGAGACAAGUACAUCUCGGAUGUCCUCUAGUAUUUUAUUGUAGAUGUUUGAUUAUUAUAUUUCGUUAUAUAAUUGGAAAGGAAACUAAUAAGAAGAUAAUACUUUUGUGGGAGUAUCUUGUUAAAGAAUGCGUAACUGCGUUGUUACUAAAAAGUGCAAUUUAGUUCAUCGCAGAAAUACAUUUGGUACACGAGUUAUUAUUCCGGCAGCUAUUUGAGUAUGUUACUUUAUAUCAGGAUAAAUUUGCAUGGGUGCGUUUGCUCCUCGAUAUACUGAAACUUUAUUUGAGAGAAGAUACUCGCGGCUCUAUAUAUAUAAACUAUAUUUACGAAAAUUCGACGAGAAUAUAAAUGUCUAAGAAUAUAAAACAAUCAUAUAUCCUUAGGCUUGGGUUUAAUUUUGUUCAUGUUAUGGUCUCUUUUAGAUGCCUUCUUUUUAAUUCUCUAAUAUAUAUUGUAAUACAAAUUUUUAUAAAUAUAUAAUACCACUUAUAUAUUUAUAAAUUUUACACGUAUACAAAUUUCUCUGUAUACGUAUUAUAUAUUAAUAAGCAUUCAUAUUUUUAUCCCUUGCACUCAUAUAUUGACUUUGGGAUAAUCCCCCAUGGGAUUAAGUUUUAACUAAAUUAAUUCUUGUUAACAUAAAUUAUUAGUGACUUAUUAAUUGUGAAUUCAAUAAACAUGGAAGAAAAAGAUUAUAGAUACUUUCGCUUUUGAAAUCAAUCACAAAAUUCAAUUCAGUUUAUAUAUGAGGUGAGUGCUGAGGAUUGAUAAAAGAAUUGUACAGCGUAACAUUUGCUUGAUGAUAAUAUAGUUUGCAGAUUAAUUGGCUCGCUAUUCAGUUCACCCCGACUUUUAGAAAAGAAAACGUCUUAAUGCCAUUCUUUAUUUAUUAACAUACAUUUUCUUUUCUAAUUAUCUGGGUGAUUCGAUUUUUACCAGCAAUAUUUCAAGGUUGGGCUAAAAAGAUAUCUGAAUUAUUUUGUGACGCAUUUAUAUCAAGUCAUAAUAGUAAUUAUACUAUAAAAAAAACAAGGAACAUCACAAAAAUAUUUAUACGAAAGAAUGCUGAUUCAUAUAAUUAAUAAUGACUAAUUCGUUGCACACAGAUGCGAAGUAAAGUCUAAAACGACUAUACGUAAUAAAGAAUAUUACAAAAAAGA